CUCGCUCACCCGGAGGUUUCCUAGCCGGCUGCGUCCCGGCUGCGUCCUGCCCGCUCCCUGAGCACCAGGAGAUCUCCCUGUGCACCGGUGCCCCGCUCCAGCCGCGCCAGCCGCGGUUCUGCCCGACGGUGACAUGGGUUUCCCCCAAGUCCUGGAGGCCAGUGGCCGGCUCUGGGGGCCUGUGCUCCUCGCUCUCUUCCUGGCUGCUUCCCGAGCAGGUCUGGUGGCAGCCUUCAAGGUUGCCACGCCAUAUUCCUUAUACGUGUGUCCCGAAGGCCAGAAUGUCACCCUCACCUGCAGGCUCUUGGGCCCUGUGGCCAAAGGGCACGAUGUGAGCUUCUACAAGACGUGGUACCGCAGUUCACGGGGUGAGCUACAGGCCUGCUCGGAGCGCCGGCCCAUCCGCAACCUCACGUUCCAGGAUCUUCACUUGCACCACAGUGGCCACCAGGCCAACGCCAGCCAGGAUCUGGCCCAGAGCCACGGCCUGGAAUCGGCCUCCGACCACCAUGGCAACUUCUCCAUCACCAUGCACAACCUGACUCUGCUGGAUGGUGGCCUCUACUGCUGCCUGGUGGUGGAGAUCAGGCACCACCACUGGGAACAGAGGGUUCAUGGUGCCAUGGAGCUGCAGGUGCAGAGAGGUAAAGAAGCAGCAUCCAAGUGCGUUGCGUACCCGCCCUCCCCCAGGGAGAGUGAAAACAUCACAGCUGCUGCCCUGGCUACGGGCGCUUGCAUUGUGGGCAUCCUCUGCCUUCCCCUCAUCCUGCUCCUGGUCUACAAGCAAAGGCAGGUGGCCUCCAACCGCCGUGCCCAGGAGCUGGUGCGGAUGGACAGCAACAACACUCAAGGAAUUGAAAACCCUGGCUUUGAGGGCUCUCCACCAUCCCAGGGGAUGCCAGAGGCCAAGCCCAGGCCCCCACUGUCCUACGUGGCCCAGCGGCAGCCUUCCGAGUCUGGGCGGCACCUGCUCUCCGAGCCUGGCACUCCUCUGUCUCCACCAGGUCCCGGGGAUGUCUUCUUCCCAACCCUCGACCCUGUCCCUGACUCCCCAAACUCGGAGGCCAUCUAGACCAGCUGGGGGCCAGUGGCAGUUGCGGCUGGGCCUGAGGCAGGUGCAUCUGAGCCACAGUUGACUCUCUGAGCAGUCCCGUGGCCUUGGCCUUUGUUCCUGCCCUCCUGUUCUGAGCCCAGACUGUUUGGCCAGACCCUCAGCUCCUCUGGAUGCCACUUGGCAAAAGGAAGAAGGUGCUGGAUCUCUCAGCCCCUGUCUCAAGGAUAGUGGGGUGCUGGGAUCCCACCACAGAGACCUGAAAUUCACUACCUACAGAUGCCAAAUGACCUACAUCCUAGAAGCCCCAGAAUUUCCAGCAUUGUGGCAGCCUCUCUCCCUGGGACAUGAGCCUUGGGACCUCUCAACAUAGGUGGGACAAGAUGGGCACUGGGAUGAUCCCUCCGUGCCACCCUCCCAGGCAUGAGACACAGGUCAAGAUGUGGAGAGAUGCCUCCCCAUUCUGGUGGACGCAGCUCCCCCAUCUCACCAGAGGCUGUGCAUCUGUCAGACACACUCUUCAUUACCAUCGGGCUCUGGGGCUUGGCCUGCCUGUCCCUGGGCCUUGGGAACCUUCCCCAGCCUCCUACCAGCAACCUUUCUAAGGAUUUGCCAACAGGUUAAGCAAACCUGGGGCUCCCACUGCCUGCACUCUGGUGCCCAGAGUUCCCUGGCCAGAGGCCCUGAAACAGGAAGUACACACUGGGGCAGGGUGGCCAUUGUGAGUCAACUGGCAUCCUGGGUAGUGGAGGCCAGGCCAGAGGCUGCACCGCCAGCCUCAGAUGGAGUGAGAGCAGGUAGGGCCUGCUGGGAAGGGGAGUGGAGAGAGCUCCGCCUCCCUCCUGACCUUGUACUUCCUCUGCUCAGCAUGGUCAGUAGGCUGACCGCAUAAUGUAUUGUUCAAACUGUGACACUUUUGAGGUAAAGGGGGGUGCUAUUAAAAACUACAUGGGCAACAGGUGCAAAACCCGUGGAUGGUUGUGAGAGCGGGGUUUAUGUCCCUACUCUGCUUCUGAGGGGCCUGAGGCCUAGGAAGCCCUCUGCCCCAGUCUUAGGUCUUUAAUUCCAUUCAAUCUGUGUGUGACCCUGUCGGGUGGGAGGAGCAGGGCAUGUGCAUUGAAGGGUCUGUGUCUGUUCUGCUCUGGACCCGAAGCUCCCAUCACCUGCUUCUGGGCAUGACUGGGAUUUGUUUUUAUACACAUAUGCAAGGGGAAUCCUUUGUGGAAUUUGGAUUAAAAGUAUUUUAAAGCAUG